AUAAGCAUAUGGAUAUGAGUCAUAUGACUUUGUCCAAACUUUGAGAUAUAAUUUUAGUUUCUCUUUGGGGAUAUUAUUUUCGUUGUCGAACUUUAGCAGGGACAUAUAUCCCUUCCCAUCAAGACUUGAGAAGAGGAUAAGACUGAGAGAGAGAGGUGUCCCUUGGGAGCUCCCAAUGGCCAUUUUGAGAUAGCUUGCAGAAAGACAUGAUAUAAAUAGCCGUUCUGGGGUUUUGGAAAAAGUGAAGGGGUACGCGGAUCCAGAGAUAAGACACAAAAGAAGAAGAAGAAAAAGAAAGAGAGAAGAUAGAAGGAAAUAAUAUAUUUAGAAUUUAUAGAGGUUAUAUAUAGGAGAAGAGAGAGAGAGAGAGAGAGAGAGAGAGAGAGAGAGGUACUUACAAGUUAAGGCAAAAAUGGUGAUUCAGAGAAUUGAAAUGUGCGUGGAGCUACUAAAAAUGGCGAUAGAGUUUGUGAUCGUGGUGGCGGAGGCAGUAGGGAUUGUGAUUCAUCAGAACAUGUCGCCGGCAUUCAUUAGAAGUUCCGCUUAUCCAACCCCUCUUCCUUUCAUUGGUUUUUAUCCUUGAAUGAUGAUGCAGAGACAAAAACCUUGUUGUAAUUAUUGAAAAACCUUGUUGUAAUUAUUGAUUAUUUGUUUAAAAGUGAUUAAUUAUGUAUUCUUUU